UUUGCAGCCUUGCUCGUCAAAGCAAACAUCAAGAUAUCCUCCGCAGAGGAGGUCGGUCUGUGUUUGCUUUUUGAGUGGGUGAUGGGACAACUGAACAAUUAUUAACUGGUCCUGACUUGAUUGAGCGCAUUUGCUCAAUUUUGUCAGAGAAUAUUACAAUUGCGGACAAAAUGUUUCUCAGGUCUUUUGGAUUUGCGCUGCUCUUGUCUUGUCCUGGAGUUCCUCAUGCCCAAAGCCCGGCAGAGCCCUGUCCUGCUCCGCAGCUGGAUGGAGGCUUUUUAGUGCCUGAACAAGAAACCUAUUUGCAUGAAAGCAGUCUUAUGUACGCUUGCAGCGCUGGACAAAAACCAGCAGUGGAGGGCUGGUGGGCCACCACUGUCUGCCUGAACGGGUUAUGGUCACAUACACCCCAAUGUAUAAAUGAAGACGCCUGCUUUACACCCAAUAUUCCCAAUGGAAAAUACAAUGAAAGUCCUGAAGGCUUGUGGUACAGGGAAGGAUCGGUCAUUCGGGUAAAGUGUGACGAAGGCUACAAACACCAAACCUGGGGAGCAACAGCCUCGUGUAGAAAGGGCGCUUGGUCCUCUUUGCCGGUUUGUGAGCGAAGUGAAACAUCUUGUGAUGAGCCACCUAAAGUCCAGCACGCUGUUGUCCUUCAAAAGUACCAGGACAUAUUUUCAGCCGAUUCUGAGGUCCGCUAUGAAUGUGAACACGGCUACAGCUUGGAGGGAACAAACGCCAGGAAGUCCAUCUUGUGUGUAGCUGGAUCCUGGGCAAUAGUUCCGAGCUGCAUUAAAGAAAUAUCCAAACCAGGUGCUGGAGAUGAUGUGGACACAUCGGGUGGCAUUAAAAAACCUGUUGAUGGAAGCAGAGCAAGGGGGCGGGGCACUGCCAGCGCCGCUGCCGCUGCCGCCGCCGCCGGUGGUGCCGCGAGUGCCGCCGCCGCCGCCAGUGCCGCCGCCGGUGGUUCCACAGCGAGUGAAACAGGAUCUGGAACCACUUCUGACAGGACCGAGAGCACGAGCUCACCCUUGACCAUAGCAGUUGUCAACUGUGGAUCAUACCCAAAAGUUAAAAAUGGUGAUGUCGUGCGACGAACUCAAAUGUUUUUAAAAUAUGCGUGCAACGGUUUUUACAAAAGGGUCGGUCCGGAGAAAGUCAUGUGCUACAAUAAUGACACUUGGUCAACACUACCAACGUGCAAAGAAGCAUUUUGUCAACUGGACCUUGAUGAAUAUACGAACUACAAGUUCCAAGAAUCUGGAACAAUAAUUCUAAAAGAACGAGAGACCAAGAGCGUUGCGUGUAUCUGGGAAAACUUCAGCAGCCGGAUUACAUGCGCUCAAGGAAAAGUUCGACUGACGCAAUGUUGUCAUUACAUGGACCAUUAUUACCAAAGGUGCAACUAACGCGUGGUCAUCCCUCGGAAAACUGCCUCUACGUGAAGACGACAGUCCAGAAACAAACGCUUUCACAAUAUUUUUUUCAUUAAAAAAAAAAAGAAUUCUGCAGAUUUCCUUUA